UUCUUAUUUUGUGUCCUUUCUGUGGCUGUUUCUUUUUUCCCCUCUAGGCAUCAUUUCUCUAACACUUUGUCCACUAGCAUUUGAAGAUUGUUUCUCCAUUAGGCUGUCGCAGCAAGCACCCUGCUGUAGGAUGUAAUAACACUGUGUGACCAACAGCCACUUCCUUGUGACUCCCCUACUGCUUCGCAGAAUCUACCUGCGUGCCGGCCCAUCUGUCCAUCCAUCCAUUCAUCCACCCAUUUAUCCAGUCGUUGUUCAGGGCCUGCGGAGCGCCAGCACUAUGCUGACUGUGGGGCUACAAUAGAGGAGAAAGACAGGACUUCUCCUGACGGGUUAUGUCACCGACAGAGGCUGCCCUGAAGCUCCCUGUGGCCUGGAGACUAUGUACAAGAGGAAUGGUCUGAUGGCUAGUGUGUUGGUCACCUCCGCCACUCCACAGGGCAGCAGCAGCUCAGACUCUCUGGAGGGCCAGAGCUGCGACUAUGCCAGCAAGAGCUACGAUGCCGUUGUCUUCGAUGUCUUGAAAGUGACUCCCGAGGAGUUUGCUAGCCAGAUCACAUUAAUGGACAUCCCUGUGUUCAAAGCCAUCCAGCCGGAGGGGGGACCGCAGAGCAUCAUCCGAGGCUUAGAGGAAGCCAGGCAGACGGAACUAGCCAGCUGUGGAUGGAGUAAGAAGGAGAAACAUAGUCUCGCCCCAAACGUUGUGGCCUUUACCCGGAGGUUUAACCAGGUCAGCUUUUGGGUUGUACGAGAAAUUCUAACAGCACAGACUUUAAAAAUAAGGGCAGAAAUCCUGAGCCAUUUUGUGAAAAUAGCCAAGAAACUCCUAGAACUCAACAACCUUCACUCUCUCAUGUCUGUGGUGUCGGCAUUACAAAGUGCACCCAUCUUCAGGCUGACAAAGACCUGGGCUCUUUUGAAUCGAAAAGACAAGACCACCUUUGAGAAAUUGGACUACCUGAUGUCUAAAGAAGAUAAUUACAAGCGGACUCGGGAAUACAUCCGAAGCCUGAAGAUGGUUCCCAGUAUUCCCUAUCUAGGGAUCUAUCUUCUGGAUUUAAUCUACAUUGAUUCUGCAUAUCCUGCCUCAGGCAGCAUCAUGGAAAAUGAACAAAGAUCCAAUCAGAUGAACAAUAUUCUCCGAAUAAUCGCAGAUUUACAAGUCUCCUGCAGCUACGAUCACCUCACAACCCUGCCCCACGUGCAGAAGUACCUGAAGUCCGUGCGCUACAUCGAAGAACUCCAGAAGUUUGUGGAAGACGACAACUACAAACUGUCGCUCAGAAUUGAACCAGGAAGCAGCUCUCCAAGACUCGUCUCUUCAAAGGAAGAUCUUGCAGGCCCCUCUGCCAGCUCCAGCUCCGCAAGGUUCAGCCGGCGGCCUACCUGUCCUGACGCGUCUGUGGCUGGUAGCCUCCCCACACCCCCAGUCCCAAGACACAGGAAGAGCCACAGCCUGGGCAACAAUAUGAUGUGUCAGUUGAGUGUAGUUGAGAGUAAAAGUGCGACUUUCCCAUCGGAGAAAGCGAGGCACCUGCUGGACGACAGUGUCCUAGAGUCCCGCAGCCCUCGCAGGGGCCCCGCCCUCACCUCCUCCUCCUCCGCCAUCACCAAUGGACUCUCGCUAGGCAGUAGUGAGAGCUCAGAGUUUAGUGAAGAAAUGUCUUCAGGGCUGGAAAGCAGGGGACGUCUCUACGCCACGCUGGGGCCCAACUGGAGAGUUCCAGUUCGGAAUUCUCCCAGGACCCGGAGCUGCGUCUACAGCCCCACCGGCCCCUGCAUCUGUGCGCUGGGGAGCUCGGCGGCCGUGCCCACCAUGGAGGGGCCCUUGAGAAGGAAGACUCUGCUCAAGGAAGGACGGAAGCCCACACUGUCCUCCUGGACCAGGUACUGGGUCAUCCUCUCAGGAUCCACCCUCCUGUACUAUGGAGCCAAGUCCUUGCGGGGCACAGACAGAAAACACUACAAAUCCACGCCUGGCAAAAAGGUCUCCAUCGUGGGCUGGAUGGUGCAGCUGCCGGAUGACCCCGAGCACCCGGACAUCUUCCAGCUGAACAACCCUGACAAAGGCAAUGUUUACAAGUUCCAGACUGGCUCCCGGUUUCAUGCAAUACUGUGGCACAAGCAUUUGGACGAUGCAUGUAAAAGCAACAGGCCUCAGGUACCUGCAAACCUCAUGUCGUUUGAAUAAGUCUCUGCACAUGGCGUGACUUCAGAGGCUUCUGAGAGCCCCGACUGGACUGUGGUGAGUGCAGGUCCUGGGCACAGGCCACUGGCCUGGUGCUGGGAGACUCACAGCUGGACUCCAGGGGACGCCGCCUGUGGCCUCCCAGCCCAGAGGCGCCCUCGGCGCCAACCCCAGUGACUCUCAUGACACUCAUUCAGCAGCUCCGUCAUCCUCCCUCUCUGGGCUCGUGUCCCUCAGCUGCUACUGCGACCAGAGCAUUCAGCCGAGGGGCCCCAGGGCUUCUCCUGCACGAAGGAGUCGACAGUGUUAACUGCGUGAGGGGCCAGAGAGCAGGCACCGGCUGCGGAACGGGCUUUUACGCCCCAAGUGCACGGGGCUGCUCGCCCACGGGGCCCCCUCAGAUUUUGUACAACCCUAAGCGUCCUCUGCACGUGCGUGCCGUGUACGUGUGCACACGAGCGAGCGUGAACUCUUCGAGAAACAUGCAUUUUGGCACAAGGUGCGUGACAUCACACACUUCAUUGGCUUCGAGGCCCUGCUUUAACCUUACGUGGCAGCCUUGUCCACCAAGGAAGGUCGGAGUGGGAGCCCAGAUCCCUCCUGUGUUAAGGGCCCCUUGCAUUCUUUUACUGUAAACAACAAUGCCUUAAACCGUGUCCUGUUUUCUGUUCCUAUGGGUGCUAUUCAUCUGGAAGCUGCUUCCUGGGCCCGGGUCCCGUCCAGGCCUCGGUGGUGUCAGCUCUUCUGAGACAGGCCCCGGCUGCCGGACUGUGGACUGGCCUGCUUGCUUCCUCCCACUCCUCCAGCAGGGUCUGAAGGCCCUUCUCCUCCCCGCCCCCUCGCCUCCCCACGUGCCAGAAGGGGAAUUGUGCCACUUCUCCCAGCUUCUCAGAGCAGCUCGGGCACCACACUCACAUCGAAUGGCUUCACGACCUCUCCCCGCCGAGCCUCUGCUCCCACCACCACACCCUCUGCCUCCACUGCCAGGCGGCCCACGGGAUCCCUGAUCACCCCGGGAGCUGAGUGACACUGAGGCCUUAAGCUCCCCCAAUAUUGCCGCCCAACCCAGUCACCAGCAAGUUUUCCAUCACCAAGCCCAAGGGCACCGUUGUUGAUGACCAUGGUGACGAGAGAGCAAAGCCCUGGGAGUGAGCGGCCCACGCUCCGCAUUCAGUUAAGAGCUCUUCACAUGAACAACGUCCCUAUCUGUCACUCUCAUAGUUUUAAGUGACUUUUAUUUUGCACAAAUACAUUUUUAUUCAAAAUAAUUAAUAAAAAUUAACUUUAUUUAUGAUAGCUUUAUCACCGUAGCUCCCCCUCCGUCCCUCCCUCUCUCUCUCUCUAACCUGGGUGUCCUAAUUCUGAGAAGGAAACCCUUAAAUGAUUUUCUGAAAGAAACUGAAUUUCUGAGGCCUUGUUGCUGUCGUGGUUUCAUAGCUCGUAUUGAUCAGAUAUCAAACCACACCUAACAGUUUGUGGGCAAGAUGCUUCUAAAAUGUCUUAACCAGUAAACUGUCCUGGGUCAAUUUCAAAACAACUACAGGACCCACCCCUGUACUGUGAUCAAAUGGUGACAACUUUUCUGAAAAUUGGAAUGAAUUGGUGAAGAAAGGUGUUGUCAUCAGGAUCUUAUUUUCGGGUCCAGCCUUCCUGUGCUCAGUCACUGACCCCCUUUGGAGCGAAGUCCAGAGCACUUUCCUGGCUGGAGAACCUCCAGGCGAUGCUGCCACACCUUGGCCGUCGGUGCUUUGACCGCCCACCUGCAGCUCGGUCCGAUGCACGCACCCGAUUCAUAGCGAUGACUAUUCCAAUCAGUAUCUAGAGACUGUGGGAAAACACCAAACACGCCAAACACCCCUCACCAGGACCAUUCAGUGUUCGCUCUCACCUGCAUUCAGUCUGUUUCUGCCUGUUAGGGUCUUACGUUUGGAUGAAUGUGUAAGACUGGAACAUCAGCUGCUUCUUUUCCUUGUAUUUCUCCAUUCUCCAGUUGUCCUGGGUCUUCUCACAUGAAAUAUUACACACGUCAGUCCAAAGCCCUCAGAAUUUCAGGCUCCACCAAAUCAGAUCAUUUCCUGCCCUUUACACACGUGUUUUUGUCCGAGCCUGUUUUGAAUUGCAGUUCUUUCCAAAGUGUUUAGUCUUUCCACUGAGACUGAUCCCACCUCCCCUCCUAGAAAUGUUCUUAGGGUGGAUACUUGAAGAAGCUGUUUAGGCCUCAUUGGCAAAGUCCCCAUAGACCUGGUACUAACCUUGAACUACCAGAGAGUUGAGGAGGAAGCUGAGAGGCACUGGGCUCUCCCAGCGAGGCCUCGGGCCACCCUGGGAGUGAAGUGCAGAUUCUUCCCAGCCUCACUUUGCCCCUCAAGCCGCAGGUGAGGAGGCCCCUGAGGCGGGGACAAGGGGGCCAGCCACAAAGCCCAAAGGGGGGCAGUCCGUGGUGGGUUCUCACCCUGCUGUUUGCUCUUUGUCCACAGUGCACAAAUGUUUGGGAAACCAUUGCGGAUGGUAUGUCUUGCAUGCAUAUGCUGUAUCUGUGUUUUAAGCAAACAGAUCAUAACACCCCAAAAGGAAAAGUGUGGAAUGCUGUCUGCACACUGGAGUAGGAAGCUGGUGUCACUGCCGUGCCCAGCAGCUCAUCGCCUCUUCCGGGGAGUACUUUUCAGUUGAACACGGUUUGCAACCCCAGGUCAGCCGAGUGUGUGCUGACAACUGAAAUGCUUCCUGGAGGACUGAUUUGAUGGACAGCAGCAGGAGGAUUGUUCUGAGUGUGCCCAGUGAGAGAGCGUGGCCUCUCCUUCCCGACGAAGCCCGUUCACCACCCUGCCAACUGAAUUUAUGAAGUGUUUCUUUUCUUGCCAAGAAGGCCAGUAUUUCUCUCAUCAUCUUCCUCCCACCUCCGAAGACGUGGAUCUUUAGGAUGCUGUUGUACAGGUGGAAAAUGGGCCGCGAAAAUGGAAGGCCAUCUGCGAGCAGGGUCUGCUUCCAGGUCACAGGUGGAGUCUAGCACUCCUACCACAUCACUAAUGCUCAUAACCAGGUGAACGCUGCCAAAAACACAGCCUAACUAAUUUUUAGUGACUUCCUAAAUGACUUUAAUCAGCCCCACAUCAUAUUGACAUGUUGGGUGAGCUCCUAUUUAAAAAAGAAAACACACACACACACACACUCAAAACAGGAGUCCCUUUGAGAGAACAGAUUCUCUGUGCAGAACCACCCAUUCAUUUGUUCGUUCACAUCUCCAGUAAGUGCUUCCCGCGUGCCAGGCCCUCUCGGAUAUAAAUGGCUGAGAACACCACAGACUGACCCCUGACCUCGAGGAGCUGAUCAUUCAAGGAACAAAUAAUCCUCACGCUGCAUCUCCUAUGGCAAGACCCUGCCUGUCCCCCAGCACCGAGUUCAAGCCCCUGCAGAUUCCUCCACAGACGCUUCAGGAGGCACAGCCCUUGGCUUGAGAGCUCAGUUGCGAUGAGGACUGGAUGGAGUCCCGGGCCUAGAGGCAGGUCGGAGCACAGCAGGCCAUACAGAGCUGUGCUUGGGCACGUGGAGGACUCCGAGGUGGAAUGAGCAGGGUCAGCAGUCCACAGUAUUUACUUCAGAGGUUCUUUGGUUUUGAUUUCCGGUUAAAUGCUAGCACAGCAUGAGGGAGAGCUGCAUCUCUUGAGUGUUGAGAACUUGCACGAGUGGGAGUCCACUGAAGGCAGCCCGAAGUCCCCUUGCAGCAGCGACGCCAUGGAGCAUCUGUCCGUUCCGUUCCGUAACCACUAAUCCCUUUCCCCAUUUCUGAACGGCUGUGGCCAUUCGGUAAUGAAACGAUGGACAUUAAUUUAUUAGUAGGGUAUAAUCUUUAAGUAAAUUUUGUGCCAAAAUGCAUGGUUUUUCACUUAGCAUUCAAAACGUUGCGUAGAGAGUAUUUUAAGUAUCAAUUUCUUAUGUAUUCUUCAAAGUACAUUGAAAAUCUGUUUCUACAUUUUAAUUCGUUUCUUGUUGAAUCUGUUGCCCUCUCCGGGCUGUCUCUUCCCAGCACCCCUGCAUGCCAUUGUGUAAGGACUUUCUCUGGUUCCUGUGAAGUGUCUCACCCGCAAUAACACUGAACAUCAGCCCUCCAGGAUUCUUUAGAUUUUUGGUGAAGUAUUUUGUUACCUCAGUCUUGUAUCACGUUGCUGUAUUUUUCAGCUUGUUACACUGAUAAUAACUGUUUCACUAAAUACUUUAAUGUACAAACAUCUUUGUUUACUUUGGAAUUAAAUGUGUUUUCCAAUGAA